AGUGUGGAGUGAUUUAGCUAUAAAUAAGGGGAAAGGGUGAGGCAUUCGAACUCGCUCCGCUCUCUUCUCUCAUCUCCGAAACCGACUGGAUAUAGAGAAGUAGAAGAGAACCGAUAACCAAAGAACCAGUCAAGUCCUCCCCCUCUCUACCUCCGAAAGAGAAAUGGCGUCUCACAUUGUUGGAUACCCUCGUAUGGGCCCCAAGAGAGAGCUCAAGUUUGCCUUGGAAUCUUUCUGGGAUCGCAAGAGCAGUGCCGAAGAUUUGCAAAAGGUGUCUGCUGAUCUCAGGUCUUCCAUCUGGAAGCAGAUGGCUGAUGCUGGGAUCAUGCACAUUCCCAGCAACACUUUCUCUUACUACGACCAGGUGCUUGACACCACUGCAAUGCUUGGGGCAGUUCCACCAAGAUAUGGUUGGAAUGGUGGUGAGAUUGGAUUUGACACAUAUUUCUCCAUGGCCAGAGGAAAUGCCUCAGUUCCUGCUAUGGAAAUGACCAAGUGGUUCGAUACCAACUACCAUUUCAUUGUCCCUGAGUUGGGUCCUGACGUCAAAUUCUCAUAUGCUUCUCACAAGGCUGUUGAGGAAUACAAGGAGGCUAAAGCGCUUGGAGUGGAUACAAUCCCAGUCCUUGUUGGUCCAGUGACCUACUUGUUGCUGUCCAAACCAGCAAAGGGUGUUGAAAAGACAUUUUCGCUUCUCUCUCUUCUAGGAAAAAUCAUUCCUAUUUACAAGGAAGUUAUAUCUGAGCUUAAGGCAGCUGGAGCUUCAUGGAUUCAGUUUGAUGAGCCCACACUUGUUAUGGAUCUUGAUUCUCACAAGUUGCAAGCAUUCACUGAUGCUUACUCUCAGCUAGAAUCAACUCUGUCCGGCUUGAAUGUUCUUAUUGAGACCUACUUUGCAGAUGUACCUGCAGAGGCAUACAAGACUCUCACUUCCUUGAAGGGUGUCACUGCCUAUGGUUUUGAUUUAGUUCGUGGUUCUAAGACCCUUGAGUUAAUUAAGAGUGACUUCCCUAAAGGAAAGUGCCUCUUUGCUGGAUUGGUUGAUGGAAGGAACAUUUGGGCUAAUGAUCUCUCUGCUUCCCUAAGUACAUUGCAGGCUCUUGAAGGCAUUGUUGGCAAAGACCACCUUGUCGUCUCUACCUCCUGCUCUUGUCUUCACACUGCUGUUGAUCUUAUUAAUGAGACUAAGCUGGACAAUGAAAUCAAAUCGUGGCUCGCCUUUGCUGCACAGAAAAUUCUUGAAGUUAAUGCUUUGGCAAAGGCAUUGGUUGGUCACAAGGAUGAGUCAUUUUUCUCAAGCAACGCUGCAGCUCUGGCUUCAAGGAAAUCGUCCCCAAGGGUGACCAAUGAGGCUGUUCAAAAGGCUGCUGCUGCUUUGAAGGGUUCUGACCACCGUCGUGCUACUAAUGUAAGUGCCAGACUUGAUGCUCAGCAGAAGAAGCUUAAUCUUCCAGUUCUCCCAACCACCACCAUUGGAUCAUUCCCUCAGACCAUCGAACUGAGAAGGGUUCGCCGUGAAUACAAGGCCAAAAAGAUCUCUGAGGAGGAGUAUGUCAAGGCCAUUAAGGAGGAAAUUAGCAAAGUUGUCAAGCUUCAGGAAGAGCUUGACAUUGAUGUCCUUGUUCAUGGGGAGCCUGAGAGGAACGACAUGGUUGAGUACUUUGGGGAGCAAUUAUCAGGGUUUGCCUUUACUGUCAAUGGGUGGGUGCAAUCUUAUGGAUCUCGAUGUGUGAAGCCACCAAUCAUCUAUGGUGAUGUGAGCCGCCCAAAGCCAAUGACUGUGUUCUGGUCAUCUGCUGCUCAGAGCAUGACUGCCCGCCCAAUGAAGGGAAUGCUUACAGGCCCUGUUACCAUUCUCAACUGGUCCUUUGUUAGAGUUGACCAGCCCAGGUCUGAGACUACCUACCAGAUUGCUUUGGCCAUCAAGGAUGAAGUGGAGGAUCUCGAGAAAGCUGGUAUCAAUGUUAUUCAAAUUGAUGAGGCUGCGUUGAGAGAAGGGUUGCCUCUCAGGAAGUCUGAGCAAGCUCACUACUUGGAUUGGGCCGUGCAUUCAUUUAGGAUCACCAACGUUGGUGUCAAGGACACUACUCAGAUUCACACUCACAUGUGCUAUUCCAACUUCAACGACAUCAUCCACUCAAUCAUCGACAUGGAUGCUGAUGUGAUCACCAUUGAGAAUUCUCGUUCUGAUGAGAAGCUCCUGUCGGUCUUCCGCGAGGGAGUGAAGUAUGGUGCUGGUAUUGGUCCUGGUGUUUAUGACAUCCACUCUCCAAGAAUACCAUCAACUGAGGAGAUUGCUGACCGGAUUAACAAGAUGCUUGCAGUCCUUGAGACAAAUAUCUUGUGGGUCAACCCAGACUGUGGGCUUAAGACUCGCAAGUACGCUGAGGUGAAGCCAGCACUCAGUGCUAUGGUUGCUGCUGCCAAGCAACUCCGCACUCAGCUUGCCAGUGCUAAAUGAAUGCUUUGAUGAACGGCGGCUUCAAAAGAAUUCAAGGAUUCUAUGCAUCUUACCUGGAUUUUACCGGUCAUGUUUGAUUGUUUAAUAACUGUGUGAUGAAAUAUCUUAGUAGGCUUUGUCCUUUUACGGGCAAUUUUUUGUUUUUGUUUUCUUCCUUGUUAUAUUUUGUAUUUUUGAGGCUCUGCCUCCUAUCAAUUUCAAAAGGCAUCAAGCUUGGUUUA